UGCGUGGGAGGAGUCAUCAGCACUGCAGCUGCAACAGUGGCUGUAGCUCACUGCAUACCUUCUUACCUCUCAACUAUCAGACGUUGGAGGAAAGGGAAAAUAUCAUAAUGGCGGCAGCAUGCUCCCCACUGGAUCCAGACCUAAUGAGGGAGGUUCUUGAAUGCCCCAUCUGCCUGGAGACUUAUAACCAGGAUCAACUGAGACCUAAACUCCUCCAGUGUGGCCACACAGUGUGUCGGCUUUGUUUGGAGAAACUGUUGGCUAGUACCAUCAAUGGUGUUCGCUGCCCUUUCUGCAGCAAGGUCUCCAGGAUGAGCAGCAUCUCCCAGCUGGCAGAUAAUCUCACUGUACUCAAGAUUAUAGAUUGCACUUUGACCUGCAGUGCUGCUGCUGCAGCGCUAAUGUGCAAAUCCUGCGGCAACCGGCUACCAAGACAGUUCUGCUAUGACUGCACCACAGUUCUCUGUGAGGUCUGUAAAGGUGAGGGCCACCUGCAUGAAGGCCAUUCAGUUCAGCCGAUAAAAAUGGCUGCUGAGCAGCGCCGUAAAGAACUGAGUGGUAGACUGGCUGCCCUCCGUGAUGUUAUGGGUAAUAUUCAAAAGAAAAAGACAGCACUUGAAAACAUUUUCAAGAGCUUGAGACAAAAGUACCGGGUGGUUCAGCAAGAGUAUUCCACAGCAGAGCUACAUCUUCAGGAGGAGCUCAGCAGAUCUCGAAAGACAUUCACAGCCUCUUUGGGAGAGGUGGAAAAACUUAAUGCACAGGUUCUUGAGGAGCAGACGUAUCUUCUUAACCUCGCAGAGGUAAAAGUGGUGUCACGCUGUGAUUAUCUGACCGUGCGGGUAAGGCAGAGUGAUAUUGCCUUAUUAAAGGACGAUGGUGCGGGAAGCGAUGAUGAAGAACUGGACCUGAGAAGCAGUUUACCCACAAAGUUUCAGCUGCAAGAGCCAACACUGGCCAGAGCAGAGCACUCUAAACCUAUAGAAGUGGGCCGUUUGACCACAAACACUUACAUAGUCAAUACAGAUGACGAGAAAGGUGGGUUAGAGACUGUACUUGAUUUCAAUGCAGAGGAUGCACCAUUAGGUGCUACUGGUGGUCCGGUAAUGGUUCCAGUGGAUCUUUACCGGGAUGUUGACAUGGUUUCAACUGUAGAAGAGGCGGUUUGUGGUUCACCAGGCAGCUUUAAAUCAAAGUCCAUGGAUGCAGGUGGGGGAUCUGCUGGGGCUAGUUCCAGGCCACCAGUCUGCCAGUUUCUAAAGAAGAUGGGCUGUAAAGGAGCACUGCCUGGAAUGUUUAAUUUACCGGUUAGCAUUUGUGUUUCACCACAAGGUGACAUACUGGUGGCCGAUCGAGGGAACUGCCGUGUCCAGAUUUUCAAUCGCAAAGGCGUCCCGCGUGAAAUCCGACGCAAUGCAAGCAUCGACAACUUUGUUCUGAGCUUCUUUGGUGCCGACCUGCCAAACCUUAUCCCUCUGUCCAUAGCUGUGACUCCCCAAGGAUUGAUUGGUGUUACUGACAACUAUGAUAAUUCAGUUAAAGUCUACACAGUGGAUGGGCAUUAUGUGGCCUGCCACAAAAACCAACUGAUUAAACCAUGGGGAAUUACUGCAAUGCCGUCAGGCCAGUUUGUGGUGUCGGACGUGGAAGGGGGCAAGCUGUGGUGCCUUGCAGUGGACCGCAAUGUAGGUGUUGUCAGCUACAACAGAUUGUGCUCUGCUGUCCGGCCAAAGUUCGUGACAUGUGAUGCAGCAGGAAUCGUGUACUUCACCCAAGGCCUGGCCCUGAACUUCGAGAAACGCCAAAACGAGCCCCACCUUGAAGGUGGCUUCUCCAUUGGUUCAGUGGGUACCGAUGGCCAGCUUGGCAAACAGCUCAGCCAUUUCUUCUCAGAGACGGAGGACUUCCGCUGCAUCACUGGCAUGUGUGUGGAUGCUAAUGGGGAUUUGCUGGUCACUGACAGUGGUAGGAAAGAAAUCCUCCAGUUUCCCAAGGAAGGGGGAUUUAACAUUCUAAUCCAGGAAGGGCUGACCUGUCCCGUGGGAGUGGCCACCACACAGAAAGGACAGCUGCUAGUCCUUGAUUGUUGGGACCACUGUGUCAAAGUCUUCACGUACGUUCAAAGGAGGCAUUCUUCCACCUCAUAGAAACACCUUUUAUCCCUGUGAGGUUUAGUAGGUAGGUGUGGUUGGUCUGGAUGAAAGUUUGAGAAGAGAUAAACACUAUUACUUGUCACUUUAGUGUAGCUGCAACAAAGACAAUUUACUUUCCCAGCUUAAAUCCCAGGUGGCUUAUUAUAUAUCUAUAGCAAGUUGUCCAGGUAAAUCCUGCAAAACAAAACCAUUGAUAUUAAAGCUAUGAAGCACAACGAGCAGAAAUUAAUUCCUAUGUUAAUAGCCUUUGUAUUUGUAAUUUGACUGAGAAACUGGGAGAAAGUGUAGUAUGUUUUUCAGAUUUACAUAUGAAAUAAAGAAAACCAACCCUGGUCUGGUUGGUUUGUGAUGCACUUUAUUAUUGACAUGCCAUUUUGCCCCGUUUUAUGUUUUAGUAGCACAUUAAAAAUAAUUCUGAAGAAUGCAGAUGGCAGCUUUAAAGGUUUGCUUAAUGUUUUACUAAUGUUUAAUCAAGAAUCAGAUUUCAUUCACUAACAUUCAGGGAAAAUUAAAUGUUGACUAUUUUACUUCCUUAUAGAAAAGCGUAUUUACCCAUAAAAUCACAAGCUUAUGUGAUGUGAGAUAAAUACAGAUACAUCUUAAAAUAUUAGAAUACAGUGUAGGGGUUCAAUAUCUUUUGUCAUUGAUUUCAAAACUUGAAACUCAUAUAUAGAUUCAUAACACAUAGAGUGAAAUAUUUCAAUCCUUAAUUGUAAUUUUGAUGUUUAUGGCUUACAGAUAUAAUAAAACAUAUUUUCAUUUCCGUGAACUCAAUGUGGUUGGGCCUCCUUUUGGUAAGGCACGUUUAUUUGUGUAGCACAUUUCAGCAACAAGACGAUUCAAGGUACAUUACAUGAUGUAAAUAUAAACCAAAAAAUUAGACUGCAGUGGCAUAAGAAAGGAAGGUAAAUGAAAUUUGGACUACAGACUGAAAUUAAUGAUGUUUCAUUUAAUGGUUUAAAUAGAACAGUCAAAUGCAACUUUAAACAAAUGGGUUUUUAACCUUGAUUUAAAGAACUCAGGUGUGUCAGCUUUGUUGCAGUUUUCUGGAAGUUUGGAAGGAACUGAAUGAUUGUUCAUGUUUAGCUCUGAUUCUGGGUAUACAAAGUGGUCUGAAAGGUUGAUAUGACGGCAACAGAACUACAAUGUAUUUUGGUGCUGAACCAUUCAGUAAUUUAUAAACUAACAGAUUUUCUAAAGUAUAAUUUCUAAAAUGCAGGGAGCUAGUGAAGAACUUCAGAACUGUGCUCCACUUUCAUAGUUUUGGUUAGGAUGCAGGCAGCAGCAUUCUGGAUCAGCUGGAGCUGUCUGAUUGACUUUUUCAGCUGACGUGAAGACACUGGCAGUAAUCAAUUUGACUAAAGAUAAACACAUGGAUGAGUUUCUCAAAAACCUGGUGAGACAUUAAUCCUAUUCCUGGAAAUGUUCUUCAAAUGAUAGACGGCUGACAUAGUAAAUGCCUUUAUGUCCUUCUGAUGGUUCAGGUAUGGGUCCAUUGCAAUGUAGAGCUGUGUGUCAUCUGCGAAGUUAUGGUAACAUGUCUUGUUUGUUAUAAUUUGAGCUAGGGGCAACAUGUAGAUAUUUAAUAGGAGGGGCCCCUAGAUAUGAUUUUUGUCAACUCUGAUGUGAAGUUACCUGUUUGGAUAAAUUACUGCAUCAAUGCGGCGUAGCAAUGAGUCAAUCAGUCUGUAACACUGCUGAGCUGUAAUGGAAGCCUGUGUUGCUUUGAUAGCCGCCUUCUGAUAAUCUGGAUUGUUGGGUCUGGUAUCUCUCAUCUUCCUCUUGACAAUACCCCAUAGAUUCUCAAUAGAUUCUCAAGCACAGUAACACUAUGGUCAUUGGACCAGCUUUUAGCAGUGACCUUUUGUAGUUUACCACUCUUGUGGACAGUGUCAGUGACUGUCUUCUGGACAUCUGUCAAGUCAGCAGUCUUCCCCCUGAUUGUGUAACCCACUCACCCAGACUGAGAGACCAGCUCAGGUAACCUUUGUAAGUAUUUUGAGUUAAUUAAUUGAUUAGAGUGUGACACUGUGAGUUUCCAAUAUUUAACUUUUCACAAUAUUCAAAUAUUUUAAGAUAUUGAUUUUUUUUUUUUUUAUCUGUAAGCCAUAAUCAUCAAAAUAACAAGAAAUUAAUGUAUUUAUGUGAUAUGAGUUUUAUUUUCCAGAAUGAGGGACAAAAAUAUUGUUUUUCCACGAUAUUCACAUUUUUUGAGAUGUACCUUUAUAAGAUUGAAUGGUUUCAGGUUUUGUACUUAUUUUUUUAAUGGUUUUAUUUAGGCGACUUUUACUUUGCAGAUCUAAAUAUUUAUUUUCUUGAAUAUACAACACUACAAUAAAAAUCCAUCAUCUUUGCUCUAGAUCACAUUUUAGCUCAUUAAUGGUUUAAGUGUCCGACCUCCUCAUCCCUAUUUGUUUCCACAGACAUAGCACCAGUUUUGCUGAGGAUUACAGAGCUGUACACAUAACCAGAGAAGAGGUGUUCUAAUAUUCCAGUUAAGCUGUGAUGCUUUGAGGUAGAGUGUUAGAAACUAGGAUAGGGCAUGGUUUUCUGUAAAAACAAAAUUUGAUAAAAUGAUAAAUGGUGCAUUUUCAUGCCUUUUGAAGACAAUUUGUAUGUGUAAUACCCUAAUAAUAAUUUUUAAACAUGUAUUAAGUAUGUUUGAGCAAUUGACAAAGGGUGUACUUCCAUUCUCUUUGGAUAAGUGUAAUCUUCCAUUCAUCUGCUCAUUGCAAUGCUAGAAUGAAAAAAUUAAAUGCAUCUGGGUAGGUUGGGAAUUGCUAAAGCUUUCAAAAAAUGCAUAACUUUUGGGUGGGCUGGAAUAGUAUUGGAUGCAUUUCCUGCAAGUGUUUGGAAUUUCUUGUACGUGUUCAUAAACGUUUAAUGUUUAUUUUAUUAUUUUAGGAAUUAAAUACCGUAAAUUCCGGAUUAUAAACCGCUACUUUUUUCACACACUUUGAACACUGCGGCCUAUACAGCGGUGCGGCUAAUGCAUGUUUUUUUUUGUGCCACCAAAAACGUUUUGCCUGGUAACAGUAGACCAAUCAAAUUGAUGAGUAGUUCAAAGAGGUCCAAUGAACUUGUGCGAUAAAUCAAGAGCAAUUUCAUAAUUCAAUUACCGGUAUUGUAAAUCAAACAUUUAUAUUCACCCUCAUCAACAUGAAAAAUCACCAACGGGUUUUGAAAGGCUGGACUGAAGCGUGAUUAAGGGGACGCUCAAGUGAGAGCGUCAACGAAGAGGCUAAAGUGAGUGACAAGAUCCUGAGGCUGUUCAAUUCGGACACUGAAGAAGAGGACUUUGAUGGUUUCAGUCCGCAGGAAGAAGAUGAAGAAGGCGAUCAAUGACUUUUGACCUGGUAGGCUGCAGUGUAUAUCAGUUAGGAAAUAUUGGAAUGUUGUCCGUGCGCUGUUCAGUAAAAAAGCAUUAGCACUGAAAUUUGUGUGUUGCUGAUAACGUAUGUUAUUUAAAGGUAGCCGUGUUAACCACUGUUCGAAAAAAAUCAUUUGCAAUAUGCAUUUGUUUAUAUUACCAUACGGAUUAAGUUAAAAAUUCCUCACGUGUAAAAUCUUUCUGUGUAAAUCACAUUACAACGUGGGACACCUGCGGCUUAACAUCCGGUGCGGCCUGUACAAGUACUAAAUUAGAUUUAUUUCUAAAAUUAGAGCAUGCGGCUUUUAAUCAGGUACGCUCUGUAGUCCAGAAUUUAUGGUAAUCUACUGCCUACAAUUCAGUUUUGUAGGCCAAGCACACACAAAUGAGCCAUGAUUUUAAAAAAUAUAAAAAAUGCUACCACCCAACUCACUGGCUAAAACUUUUCUUCAGGGGACUUAGAACACACAAGAAUCCGUAAUUUUAUAUUGACAACUUUUAUUUGGCUAUAUCAUAUCAUCAGCCAGAAAUAAGUGUUUUCUUGCUAUUCCGGAACAGGGAACACAGUUUUUUUUUCUUGCACAAAGAUCACAUUAUUGAAAACCUUAUGAAAACAUUAUAGGAGAGGUGGGUUCAGAAGCCUGACAAGAAAACGUAAGGUCCGACCUUGAAUAUUCAGUGUCACAAAAGUGGUUUACGCCUCACUACGAUGCAUCAUCAUGGCAACUUAUACACAGAACCUUCACUUGAUUAAAGAUCAAAUGUAAAAGGCAAUCAUUUCUAUUAAUCAAGAAUAUAUAAAGUGCUUUAACUGACUGUAAAUAAACUGUCAGGUACCUUUUUAAAAGGAAUAUUAAAGGAGAGAAAUGCUUACAAGAUUUGAAAACAAGGUUAACUUAAGAGUAUUUUUAAAAAGGAUGUAACAUCACAGGUCACUCUUUGUUUUUGCAUUUUAUUACUUGGUGUGAAAUUAACAGUGAAAUGAAUUACAGUCAUUAAUUUUUUGAAAGGAAGCCAGUGUAUUGGCCUUCUUUGUUUCAAGAAGGUAGAAUUGCAUCUGUCAAGGUAAUUGUUACAACUUGCUUAACUGCCUUAACAAAUAUCCCCAACAUUUUAUCUUGUUUAAUAAUAGAGUAGUGAUAAGUGUCAGAAUAGUCAUAAUGACAUGGAAAACAAUAUAAUUAGCAAUAUGGGUAAUUUAUGCAUUUAAUUUUUCCUUUUAGGCAUUUCCCAGCAGAGUUGUACAGUAUUUACCAUGUAUUAGGCUAGGCAUAUGUAAUGUUGUCAUGUUGAAGAUUUUUGUUCCUCCCAUGUUAAAUACUCAAACCUGGGUCCAUGUUUGUGAUUUGUCCUGUGGUGCUAAAGCUGUUUAACAUGCACAUAUCCAUAACAGCAUAAAGAGCUGAUAAGUAACACUGUGACAUGACUUGGUAUGAUCUCAGUUGUUUUGGCUUAUUGAGCCAGAAAAGCAAUCGUUGCCCAGCACAAGCUGGACCUGCAUCACAGUACAGCCUGAGGGAUCUAUAGUCUGAGCUUUACUCCAGACACAGAGGCCCUUGUCAUUGUGUCCUGUGGAUUGGUUAUAUGAGCUUACAAGGCCAUAGCUGAAAGCAGUGUUAGGAGUACUAAAGCAAGAUACAGCGAAACAAACCAGUUUCUCUGUACUGUAGAGAACAAUUUCCCUUAGAAUUUGAUUCAAUACCCUCAUUGUGUUUGUGUAUUCAUUUUUGCAUUAUGUUCUUUGCUGAUUUACAGUUUGUUUGUUUUUUUUUCCUCAAAAUUGUUUGGCAAUAAAAUAAGACGUGGUGAAACCAACAACACAUAUUUAAUCAAUAUAUUUAGUUCCUUAUAACUAUUGAACUAUUGUGUUCAGGAAUGGGCCUAAGAUUCACACGGUAUAAAAACCUUGAGGAAAAAUAUCACAAUUUCAAGGUAUUUUCACAAGAAUUUAUAAAAUGUAUAACAUCACAUUUAUUUUAAACAAAAAAGCAAAAAUUAUAAUACCUAUAUAAUUUAUUAGAUUUUAUUUUGAUACGUAAAAUUAUCCAAAGAUAUAGAAUAAGCACCCUUUUAAAUUUAGUAGUAGUUCUUUCCAUGUUGCUAUUUAUAGAGUAACAAAAUGUACCAAGGUGGUAAUAGCCAGUAAUUUAGUUGGGCUAUAUGCUCAGGUAGCCAGUCUGCAGUCUGCUGCUUCACAGAUAUUCUGCUCACUGUUUGCAAAUACGUUAUAAAAUGGCAGUAUCUUAAUAAAAGGGAUGAGGGAUGGUUAUUUAAUGCCCAUGACAUUCUGCUAUUUUGUAACCCCCAAUAUUUCCAAACCUUUUUAAUGUAUUUUUAAAAUUGAAGGAAAAAUAAAGGAGCCUUCUUUCAGCCAACUAGCCAACAACUAACAGUGAAAAUGUAGGACAUUCUCCAUACAACUGAAGAGAAACGUUUCAAUAUGGUACUUUCAAGGGCAUCUCAUUAAAAGUCCUCUAAAGCGCUGAAAUAGUAGGAUGGAAAAUGUCUGUGGUUUUGAAGGUUAAAUUUUUUUAAAACUUCAGCGUAUCUUGUUCCCUUCGACUGUGCAUGUAUUCUCUGUCAAAACUCUGUUUAUUAUAAUCUGUAUUAAUGAAAGUAAAUCUGCAUUUGCCAAACCUGGUUUACUCAUUAGAGCAUAUUACAUAAUGACUGAGACCGUAAUGUUCCCAAGCUAACCUUUAUGCUGCAUAUUUAGCUUUCUGUACUGUACAACGAAAAUAAAAAAAAACAUGCACAGCUGAGAAUCAGACUGUUAAAAAAAUUAAAUCAAAGAUAAGUUGGAAUGUUGCUGUGUAAGUAUAGGGACAAGUUUGCCACAGGCAUUUGAAAGCUAGCUACAUAUAUUUGAGCUGUUACAUCUCUGUUUAUGUAUUUACUUUUAUGCAAAGGCAUCUCUGCACUAAAUACAUUUUGAUUUUAAAGUCUAUUAACUGCAUGUCAUUAUUACCAUGUAAAAUAUUUUAGUGGUCACUUGUAGUGAAACAAUAAGACUAACAUUUACUAAAAAAGGAAAGAAAAUUGCUUGAAAAGUCAAGUGUCCUUGUGUCUGCGGUGAGUUGUUGUUUCUUGCAUCCUCUAAAAAUGUUCUUUUUAAUUGGAGAUGCAGACUUGUUUAUUCAUACUACUGAUUUAUUAUAUAGCAUUCUGUUUGAACCAAAGUUCCAUACCGGUUCAUCGGUGUACUCAAAUUCAUGUUUGUAUUGUUGAUAAUCCUGAGUGCAAUAAACAUUAUGAACCAUUAAACUAAA